AUGCUGCCCGCUGCCCUCCGCCGAUGGCUCCGCCGACCCAAGCGCUCCGACCCACGCCUGCUCUCCCAGUUCUUCUUUGCCGACGAGAGGGUGACACGGGUGGUGGCCGAGAUCAACGGGCUGGAUGCCGAACUGGAUCCGCAGCAGUACCUGGUGCUCCUCAACCAGCUCCACCUCAGCCAGGCUCACCUGCUGGCCGUCCUGGAGCGGAUCAUGGAGGAGUGCAUCCCCACGCAGCGGCACAGCCGUGACUAUCUGGUCAAGUUCCCCGAGGAGCUCUUGGUGGACAACUUGGGGAACCACAUGCUGUUUGCUGCCGAGUGCCUCCUGGCUGGGACCUUCCUGGAGAUGGAGGAGUCAGAUGGGGCACAGCUGAUCCCCCAGGCCAGGAAUCUGCUCUGCAGCCUGGAGCUGGUCCGGACAGUGCUGCGGGAGCAAAGCCUGAGCCAACCCAACUCCUACCCAGAGCCUGUGCGGGCUGUGCUCAUCCAAUUUGACCGGCUAUUUGCAGAGUUUGAGCUGAGCUACGUGUCCUCGCUGGUGGCAGUGAAGUCUCCUGAUGAGAUCUUCAGGCAGCAGGAGAUCAUCGUGCUUUUCUGUGAGACAGUGGAGAGAGCCCUGCACCUGGGCUACCUGACCCAGGAGAUGAUUGAUGGCUAUGAACCACUGCUGAUGUUCACCAUCCCUCGCCUGGCCAUUAUCAGUGGUCUCCUCAUCUACCCUGAGGGUCCCCUCAGCCUGGAGCGGAGCCCUGAGGAGAUGUCCCGGGUCUUCAGCCCCUUCUACAGCCUCCUGAAGAAGAUCAGGGACCUGUUGUGGGUGCUGUCAGCAGAGGAGCUCUGCCUGCUGGAGAGGAGCCUGUGCACAGCCGAACAAGAGGAUCCCUGCAGUCCAGAUGGGGGGGCAGCUGUGCCCAGUGCAGAUCCUCCUGCUCCCUUCAGUCUUCCGGAGGUCCCUAAUGCCACUCAACCUCUCCCCACCUGCACGACACGACUGGGACCCCCCAGAGCAAUGGAUGGCCUGGGCACUGAUCGGCAGCAGGGGUGUGCAGUGGGCAGGGAACAGGACCAAGAUGGCAAAUCUCAUACCAUCCCUGGUGUAAUGGUCACCUCCCCCCUGCGCAGUCCCCAGCCCCUUGAGAGCGGCCCAGGGAUGGGGGUCAAUGCCAGCUCAGGUGCCUGCUGCUCGGAGCUGCGCUCCCGCUACAGCAGCACCAAGGACAUGCUGCACACCCUCUUUGUCUGCAUCUCAGGGGUGGCUGAUCAGCUCCAGACCAACUUUGCCAGUGACAUGAGGAGCAUCUUGAAAACAGUCUUCAAGAUUGUGUGCUCGCAGGCGGAGCCCUCAGAGGAGCAGAGUUACAGCACUGGUGCCCGCCACCUGCCCGAGUGGGUGCCCGACAGCACAUGCAGCCAGUGCUCUGCCUGCCGCUCGCCCUUCACCCUGCUGCGCCGCCGGCACCACUGCCGCUGCUGUGGGAAGAUCUUCUGUGCCCGCUGCUCACCGAACACUGCAGUGCUGCCUUACUACGGCCAGACCAAACCCGUACGUGUCUGCACCCACUGCUACACCACACACCUCCCGCCCACAGCCCGCUGUGCCCGGAGCCAGUGA